AAGCCCUUUUCUCUCUCUCUCUCUCUCUCUCUCUCCCGGGUGCGUACAGCUAGGGUUCAUCUACAAUGGCUCCCUCCGAUGAUAACACAAGUAAUAAUGGACCGAAGAUAGUAGAAUUAGAAGAUGAGAUUGAAGGUGGAAACGUGGGCACCACCGAUUACUACUUCGACAGGAUCGGCGAGCCCGUGCCGAUCAAACCCCAUGACUCCAACUUCGAUGCCGAAAGCCCUCCCUCUCAGCCCCUCGCCGUCUCCGAGCUCCGCGGUCUCAUCUUCGUUGCCCAUUCCGGUGGAUUUUGUGUUGCUAGGACGGAGGACGUUAUUGCCUCGGCCAAGGACAUCAAGGACAAGGGAAGUGGCUCUUCUAUUCAGGAGUUGAGUGUUGUGGAUGUUCCCAUCGGCAAGGUUCACAUCUUGGCUUUCUCCGCCGAAAAUUCUACCCUCGCUGCUUCUAUUGAUCGAAAUGUCCAUUUUUUCCCUCUUACUUCGCUUCUCAAUAAGGAACCUAGACCAUCUUUCUCACGUUCACUCGAUGAAUCAAGCUUUGUCAAGGAUUUUAAAUGGAGAAAAAAGUCAGAACAUUCUUAUGUUGUUCUUUCAAAUUCUGGGAAGCUAUAUCAUGGAGUGGUUGAUGGGCCAUUUAAAGAUGUAAUGGACAAUGUCGAUGCUGUUGAAUGGAGUGUAAAAGGUGAAUUUGUUGCUGUGGCAAGAAAAAAUGCCCUUAGCAUUCUCUCUUCAAGAUUUGAGGAGCGGUUGUGCAUGUCACUAUCAUUCAAGUCAUGGAUUGGAGAUUCAGAUGUGAGCUGCAGUGUAAAAGUGGAUUCUAUCAGGUGGGUUCGUCCUGAUUGCAUUAUUCUAGGGUGCUUUCAACAUACUGCGGAUGGCAAAGAGGAAAAUUACAUUGUCCAAGUUAUCAGAAGCAAAGAUGGCAAAAUUACUGAUGGUUCUUUCGAGCCAGUUGUGGUAUCGUUUUAUGAUAUGUUUCUAGGUUUUAGUGAUGACAUUUUGCCCUCUGGAAGUGGACCGCAUUUAUUCUUGAGCUAUUUAGAACAAUGUGAGCUUGCAAUUACUGCUAAUAGGAAGAAUACAGAUGGACAUAUUGUGUUGCUUGGUUGGUCACCAGGUGAUGAGAUAAAUGAAGUUGCAGUCGUCGAUAUUGAACAAGACAAAUGGCUGCCGAGGAUUGAGCUUCAAGAAAAUGAUGAUGAUAAUUUGAUCCUGGGGCUUUGUGUUGACAAAGUUUCACUCUAUGAGAAAGUGAAAAUCCAACUUGGAGUUGAGGAACGUAGAGAGCUCUCGCCAUAUUGCAUUCUUCUAUGCCUUACUCUAGAAGGCAAGCUGGUCAUGUUCCAUGUGGCCAGUGUACAAGGAACUUCAGUUCCACCAGAGGUUAUUUCUGCCCAUUCUGAUGAGGAAAAGUGGGAAGGGGAUGCUAAUACGGUGGUACCUGUAGAAUGUCCUUUAUCCAAACCUUCACUUGGAUUAGAUAAACCAGAACUAGAACAGGUAUCUCUGGGUUUUCAUAUCGGGGAUGUAAACAGCAAGGAACUUAAGACACAAGAGAGCGAGAUUUCUGCCAAAAGUGAUCCAAAGCCUUUUGAUGUGAGCAAGAGUUCAGUGCCUCCUUUUGUUGCCAGUCCUGUAUCCGUCAAAGAAAGUAAUUCUAAAAGCUGGAAAAUUGAAUCCCAGGUAAAUUCAGUGUCCUUUGAAACUGAUAGCCAUUGCACUGUCCCUGCCACAAAGCCAUACCAAGAUGCAGACGGUCAACAAAUACACCCUUUCAGACAGCAAAGCACAAAAUUAGAUCAAUCAUCUUUGGCAGGUCCCUUUAACAUGUUUAGUGACUCAAGCAAGACGGGAAGUCAAGAAUUUGCAGACCUUGGAUCUAUCAAUUCUUUUGUAGGAAGAAAUCCUGCUGAUACCCCUGGUCAAUCAAACCAAAAAAAUUUACAAAAUAGUGUUGGGCUGCGUAAGGAAUCACCGGGACACAUUGGAUCGACUAACUUACAGAGUGCUUCAUCUCAGUCGCGGUCAAGUGGAAAAUUUAUAUUUCCAAAAGAGAGUAAUGCAAGAUCUUCAUUUUUGCCUUCAGGUUCUAUUCAAGGCAACCAAACUGAAAACUCAGGCCUCAGUUUUGAUGCUGCAAAUGUUUCUGGAGGCCUAGCUGUAAAACCUUUUCGCUUAAAGGAUUCCUCUGGUACAUCUACUUCAGUCAAUUUUUCUGGUGGACCAGUUCAGGGUGGGGCACAGAGAACAUCAACAGGAGCAGGGAAUAUUGAAUCAUUAUCUUCCCUUCGCAGCUCACAAAUGUCAGUACAGGAAAAUUUUGUAUUGCGAAAGCCUCCGAACCAUAAGCUUCAUCCUUCCAAGGAAGAUUACCGAACUCUGCCCCAGUCAGGCAUGCUGAACUCUGAACCAAACUUAUCAAAACAGUUUGGAAAUAUAAAUGAGAUGACCAAAGAGCUGGAUACACUUCUGGAAUCUAUAGAAGCAGAGGGUGGUUUCAGGGAUGCCUGCACCAUUUACCAUAAAAGUUCAGUUGAAGCAUUGGAGCAAGGCCUGAGGACCCAUUCUGACAAAUGCAGAGUAUGGAAGAGGAUAAUGGAUGAACGACUUGGAGAGAUCCAAAAUCUUCUUGAUAAAACUGUUCAAGUUUUGGCAAGGAAAAUAUACAUGGAAGGCAUUGUUAAACAAGCUUCUGAUACCCAGUAUUGGGAUCUCUGGAAUCGCCAGAAGUUGAGUUCUGAAUUUGAGCUGAAGCGGCGGCAUAUAUUACAAAUGAAUCAGGAUUUGACCAAUCAAUUAAUUGAACUGGAAAGGCAUUUCAACAGCCUCGAGGUCAAUAAAUUUGGUGAAAAUGGUGGAGGUCAUGUGGGUCAGAGAGCUUUUCAGAGUAGAGUUAGGCCUUCAAGACAAAUUCAUUCAUUACAUAGUUUACAUAGCACAGCUAGUUCACUGUCAGCAGCUGCUGAGCAACUUUCUGAAUGUCUCUCCAAACAAAUGGCAGUUCUGAGUAUAGAGUCGCCUGUAAAACGAAAAAAUGUCAAAAAAGAGUUGUUUGAAACAAUAGGGAUCCCUUAUGAUUCCUCUUUCAGCUCUCCAGAUGCAGCCAAAGUUAGUGAUACCCCUUCAAGUAAGAAACUCUUACUUUCUUCUGGUUCUGCUGCUGCUAAAGAUCAGUCCAGGAGAAACCAAUUGAGUGCUGUGAAGAGUUAUGAACCAGAAACGGCAAGGAGGAGGAGAGACUCACUAGAUCGGAGUUGGGCUAGUUUUGAGCCUUCAAGAACAACUGUUAAAAGGAUCCUUUUGCCAGAAUGCGAGAAGGAAAGCAUGAGUGGGUCAUCUUUUUCUAUGAAUAAGCAGCAUUCUAACCCCCGCUUGCUGGAUGGUUCAGCAGCUGCUCGCCCACCAGAUUGCACAAACCCUUUAACCUUCUUCUAUUCAUCUCCAAACAAAGCAGGCAUUCAGGAUACAUCAACAAAACAAGCCUCUAAGAGCACAAAUCAAUUCACAUGUGCUAAUCAGCUUCCGGCACCAUCACAAACUGUGGGGAUAAAGUCUCCUACAUUGCAAAGACACAAUAUUUCAGCAUUGUCAUCUCUGCCAGCAUCUCAGUUUUCACCUGUAACAGAAAAGGAUCACACUAGGGAAACUAGCGAUAUGGCCACAGAAAUUUCCUUCAGUGCGAUGACUUAUAAGCCUGGUUCAGUUCCAAUAAAUGAAGCUAAGUCAAUGCUGCAGUCUGAGACUAAUCGACAUCAGAAACCAUUAACACCCACAAUGUUAACCACACAGGCACCGUCAUUGCCAAAGAAAUCCAGUGGAAUUUCUGAUUCAAGUAGUAAAGAAACUAUGGUCACAAGUUACAUAAUUGGGACUAAUAAGGAUAAGGCUUUAACUACAAAAAGUUCACUUUUUGAAUCUGAGGAAAAGCAUGAAUCUCCAUCCUCUUCCACAUUUAAUGUGCAGGCAGCUCCCAGCCUAACUAGACAAGUUCAGCUUGAUGCUCCUGUGGGCAGAAGCCAACCUGGUGAAAAUGUGUUACUUUCUCCGAAAUUUCCAGUAUCAGCUUCAGCUCCCUCAUCUCCAAUGAUCAAUUCAACGACAGCUCCUCCUUCCUCUUCAUUAUCUGCUCCAACUGUGCCAACCUCUUUAUCUUCAGUUCAACUAAGCAGACCUUUCACCACUUCUAAUUCAAGUGCAGAUCCUAACCAAGCAGUCUCAACAUCCUCCUCAUCAACUUCCACUUCUCCAAUCGCCCCUUAUGGUUCCUUUUCCUUGCAGGCUUCUAAAACAUUGGUGACCUCAAAUACUCCUUUAGCGUCCAACUCCGAGUAUCCUAAGACACAGCCUCCCGUGGACAAAUUUAGUUUAAAAACAGAUACAGAUGCUAGUACACAAGCACCACCUGUGCAGUCUGAGGCUCCCAAAGGUGAAGUUAAAUCGAAGCUUGAAGCUUCAAGAAUAGCUAGUGCUGCAGUUGAAAUUUCAACGAGUCUGGCAUCUGGAAGCCAACCCAGUUUUAACAUGGCAAAUCCCACACUUAAUGUCUUAUUGAAUGCUCAACCAGAAGAGCCAUCUGCUGCACGUGUUCUGUUCCCAACACCACUCUCAACUUCUGGGAGCGCAGCUGGUGAAAAGAAUGAAAGUCUGGAUGUUGCAGUAACAGAAGAGGACGAGAUGGAGGAGGAGGCUCCUGAAAGUAACACAGCUGAACUUACUUUGAGAAGCCUUGGUGGGUUUGGAAUCAGCUCAACCCCCAAUCCAGCUGCUCCUAAAUCAAAUCCAUUUGGUAAUGCAGUAUCAAGUCCGAUGAGCUCAGCAUUUAACAUGACAAUUCCUAGUGAAGUGCCGUUUCGCCCUGCAUCUUUUAGCUUCCAAUCUCCCCACUCCUCACAACCAUCUCAACCAAUGAGUUCGACUGCAUUCUCUGGUGGCUUCAGUACUGGGACGAAUGCUCAAGCUCCAACUCAGACUGGGUUUGGCCAGCCGGCGCAGAUUGGAUCUGGGCAGCAAGCACUGGGAUCAGUUCUCGGUGCUUUUGGACAGUCAAGACAACUUGGUACUGGUCUACCGGGUACAGGUUUUGCGUCUCCCAGUGGUUUUGGUGGUGGCUUCCCUGGCACUAGUUCAAGUGGUGGGUUUCCAAAUGCUUCUCCUGGAGGUGGAUUUGCUGGUGUAGCAUCUACUGCUGGUGGGUUUGCUGGUUUGGCUUCGGCUAGUGGUGGGUUUGCUGGUGCGGCUUCUGGGGUUGGGGGAUUUGCAGGUAUGGCUUCAGCAGGUGGUGGGUCUGGCAGCGCUGCCUUAGUUGGUGGUGGGUUCCCCGGGGCAGGUGGUGGAUUUGGGGCUUUCAGCAGCCAAGGUAGUAGUGGUUUCUCUGCAUUCAAUGGCAGCACAGGGGGUACUGGAAAACCUUCUGAGCUCUUCACACAGAUGAGAAGAUAGUUUUGCCGUAUUAUAUAGUAUAGAUAAAAGCUCAUGGGAAGCUUAAUUUGAUCACAGCAGUCAGAUUCCAAUGAAGGCAAUUAUAGAAUAAUAACGUCCUAAAAACAUUUAACGAGAGACUCGCUGGGCCAUAGGCUUCCUGUCGUGCGUGAUAUGUACAAUAGAUUCCCAGUUAUGUACAAUGAUAUGGCUUUCUAGCAGGUUAAAGCUCUCUUCUUCUUCUUUUUUUCAUUCUUUUUUUUUUUUUUUUUUUUUCAUUCUAGAUUAUAUGUUGUGGCUAAUUUAGUUGGUCGAACUGUGUGACAAUUAUAGUUUCUCUCUCAACGACCAAAUCGUUUGUAAUUAAAACUAAAAUUUCAGUGUGCUUGAAGACUCUGGAAGUAUAAUUGUGAAUGUGAAGUCAAUUAUCCA